AUGGAGAUGAUGUUAGUACUUGUCAAGCCGAGACCCAGUCACCUCUUGCUGCUGGGAGCCGUGGGCAUUAUCUCCAUUUGGGGCUUCAUUGGAUACUGGGGUGGCAUGUUCGAUAACUUUGAUGCUAUUGUUGCUUCAGGCUCCCUCCCUGAUGGUCGUCCCAUGCGCAUGGACUACACCAGGGUAAAAUAUAUCGACUCCCAAUUGGCCCCAGUUAUAGCUUUUUACGAAGUGCUGUCGAACAAACUCUCGUUGGGGCCUCGCCUUUUGUUCCUUGAUAUUAAUUUUGUGGUGGCAUGCACCAAUAUCUGGGUCCUUGUUGAAAGCCGUCGACGAGGUGCUAGAAACUUGGUGUUGAAAUGGCCCGGUAUAUUUAUAUUUCUUUGGAACUGUAUCGGUGCCGCACUGAUUCUACCUCACUAUUUAUACUGCCUGCUACAAAGUAAAGCCACGCGAAGAGACGCCGCUAUUCCAAAACACGAGGCCAUAUCUUUAUUUAUCACCACUUUUGCGAUGAUUUCCUUCCCUUUACUGCUUUUUGCCCCCGUGUUGUUGGACUACAGCUCCAAAGACCACCACGGCUUCAUUGCUCUCUUCCAUGCCACUCCUUUCUUAGCAACUCUCUUCUUCUCAGCAAUUGCAGGCAUCAUUCAAAGGCUUACACCCUCCGACACGGGGGAUGGGUUGAACCCCUCAAAACAAAAACAAAACCACAACGUCGACGAACCCUGGAUAGUUUCUUCGUUCGUACUGGUGGGAACUGCGGCGGCAAUUGUACAUGUUCUUACCAUGGUUGUGGCGCUUAGAGCGAAUAGCUCAGAUGCUACCAUCCAGAGGCUAUUUGUCCCUUCUUUUAGCUCACUACGGAAAGCGAACACAUUGCCCUCAGCAUGGACUUCUAGUUAUAGAGGAAUAGUCACCGGCAAAGCAUCACAUGCAGGAACAGGAUUACCCGCCAAAUAUGAAGAAAUUCUAGAGCAAUUUCACCUUUUCACCCAGUUCGACUGGAUUGUGAUCUCACUAUCCUGUAUCGUGUUCUCAUACCUCCUUCUACCUGAUGCAAGUGCAAGUGGCACGGACACCCCAAGGGAGGAGAAGGCCCUACUAUAUCUUACCUUAGGGUCUCUCCUCAUUGGCCCAGGGGCAGCGGGAUCGUUCGCUCUUGCGUUGAGAGAGUCGAAACUGAGAGAGCAAGUAGGCAGUUCGAUAAAAGCCGACUAG